GCGGGGCCGCUUGCCGAACCCGGAAGGCCCCUGCUAGGCCAGGCCUUGCGGCGGCGAGAUGCCCGCGCAGGCUGAGCUCGAUGUUUUGCUCCAAAAGGCCACUCGGCGGAGACUGGCGAAGUUUGACGAGCUGAGAGGUAAAGUCACACAAACUGGAGAAUUCUGGGAUGUUGUUGUAAUUACAGCAGCUGACAAAAAACAGGAAUUGGCUUACCAGCAACAGCUAUCAGAAAAGUUGAAAAGAAAGGAACUCCCUCUUGGAGUUCAUUAUCAUGUUUUUGUGGAUCCUCCUGGACCAAAAAUUGGAAAUGGUGGAUCAACUCUUUAUGUCCUUCAGUGCUUGGAAGAGGUAUAUGGUGAUAAAUGGACUUCUCUUAUUAUCAUAAUAAUUCAUUCUGGUGGUUAUAGUCAACGUUUACCACAUGCAAGUGCACUGGGAAAAAUUUUCACAGCUUUGCCUUUUGGUGACCCUAUUUACCAGAUGUUGGAGCUGAAGUUGGCAAUGUACAUUGAUUUUCCUACCCAUAUGAAUCCAGGAAUUCUCAUUACUUGUGCAGAUGAUAUUGAACUUUAUAGUAUUGGAGCAACAGAAGUCAUCAAGUUUGAUAAACCUGGGUUCACUGCAUUAGCUCACCCAUCAGAUUUGACUAUUGGUACCACUCAUGGAGUAUUUGUGUUAGAUUCAUCUGCUUUAUCAGAAAAAGAGCUUGAAUACAGAUCUUGUCAUCAUUUCCUACAUAAACCUAAUAUUGAAAAGAUGCAUCAGUCUGGUGCAGUAUGCAUAAGGAGGAAUUGCUCUCAACCAAACUCCUCUGGAGAACACAAUGACUUAAAAAUGGACUACGAGUAUGUGUAUACAGACAGUUUAUUUUACAUUAAUCAUAGCAUUGCAAAACAAUUACUAACAUUUUUUAAGCAGCUGGAUACUCUUUGCUGUGAAAUAGAUGCAUAUGGUGAUUUUCUCCAAGCUCUGGGACCUGGAGCAACUCCUGAUUACACAAAAAUCACAGAUAAUGUCACAAAAGAAGGAUCACCAUUAGGAGAAAUAAGACAGAAGCUAUUUUCUCUUCUUAAAGGAACAUCACUUAAUGUUAUAGUCUUAAAUAACUCCAGGUUCUAUCAUAUUGGGACUACACAAGAGUAUUUGUUUCAUUUUACUUCUGAUAGUAAAUUGAAAUUGGAGCUUGGCUUUCUAUCUAAAGCUUUUAGCAUCUUUCCAGAUAAAGCAGAAAACUCAGAUAUAUCGGCAUGUAUCAUUCAAAGCAUACUGGAUUCAAGAUGUGUUGUAGCACCUGCCUCUGUUAUUGAAUACUCUAGACUGGGACCUGAGGUUUCAAUAGGGGCAAACAGCAUUAUCAGUGGUUGUUGCAUAAGUGCUAAUGCAGAUGUACCACCAAACACUUUUGUGAGUUCAUUGAGCAUCAGGGUUAACGGAAAAGUAAUGUAUGUGAGUAUAGUGCUUGGUGUAGAAGACAACUUGAAAAAGAAUGUGAAAUUGUUGUCAGACAUACAUUCUCUUCAGUUUUUUGGACUCAGUUUACUGCAGUGCUUGGACCUCUGGGACCUGAGAGUUUCAGACCAACUCUUCUCUGGUGACAAGACAAGUUUGGGUUUGUGGACUGCUCGGAUUUUCCCUGUUUGUUCUACUUUAAGUGAUUCAGUUAGAUUGUCAUUAAAGAUGUUAAAUGCUGUGCAAAACAAGUCAGCUUUUAAACUGAAUGGUUGGAAGCUCCUGUCUAUUGAAGAAAUGCUCUUCUACAAAGAUGUAGAAGACAUGUUGAAGUUCAGGCAGCAAAUUUACGAAGAAAUCACUCUACAAAGACACAAAGAGAAAUCUGAUUUGUAAAUGUACAGUAUUUUUCACCCUUUGUCUUUCUUUAAUAUGAAGAUGAUUGAUUGUUUUCAAGCUUGUAAAACCCAGAAGCAAAAAGUAUACAUCUUUUUUUCUGAUUUCAUUGAAGUAGAAAUAAUGAAAUUGCAUUAGCAGUGUUAUUGUAGCAUAACAUUAAUAAUGCAAAAACUCAGAUAAACUAUUCUUUUGAUGAAUGAAUUAAUGAAAUAGUUUUUUCAUAGUUUUGAAAUAAGAGCUGAAUUUUCUUGGGGUAUCCAUUGUGUGGGGGUUUUUUUUAGUUUUUAUUAAUAAAAAUAUGGAAUGAAUGUUAAUUAGUUUGAAAACUACUUAAAACUUCGAAGUACAAUGUUGGCUCUUGCAACAGUGUGUGGCAUAGCAAUGAGUUACAUUUCCCUCUUUUCACGGUAUCCUUUUAAAAUGGGUAUUUUAAGAGGCUAAGGUAAUCUUUCAUUAUCUUAAGCGAAACAAAAGAUUUUUAUAUAUUUGUUUAAACUUUAGCUCAUCAUCACUCUCACAAGUAAUGGGAAAUUUUGUGUAUGUGUGCUGAAUGUGUCUUCUUGCAGAAUACCGAAUAAUUUGUGGAAAGAAUUUUAUUUAAAAAGCUGUGAUCUGAAAUAUUGUAUCAUAAGUAAAUUGAAGUAAAUACACUUUCCAUAA